AUGGAGGACCGCCUCCUCUCCGCCGUCAUCCCCACGCUUGAUCAAAACCGUAAUCUCUCUCCCAAAUCCACCGCCGCUGUCAUCUCUCUCGUUACCAAUCCUUUCACUUCCGAACGAACCCUCACUUCCCUUAUAGAAACCCUAUCUUCCCACCUCCAAAACCCCGAUUCCAACCACCGGCAACUUCUCUCCCUCCUAUCCGCCCUCUCCCGCCACCAACCCCGUUCCCGCCACCGCAUUGCCGCCGCUGCCCACUCGUUCAUCGUGCUGCCCUCCACCCCCACCCCUUCCAUACCACCCGCACUCUUCCUCGUCGACCCGGCCUGUUCUCCCCAGCCCGACCCGUUUGCCGACGAGUCCCUUUUUCUUUCCCUGUGCUUCUGGCCGUGCGUGAAGAUACGAGGAUGGAUGCUGAGAAACGCGAGCAAAUUCUCGGUGAGGCCGUCGGCUUUGCUUACGGUGCUCCUGGGGCUGACUAAAGAUCCGUAUCCGAAUAUCAGGGGACUCGCAUUGGAUGGCUUAACGGUGUUGAGUGGUGGUGUUGUCGUGGAGGAUCGGCAUUUUGUAGAAGGUUGCUACUUUCGGGCUGUGGAGCUUCUGUUCGAUUUGGAUAAUUACGUACGGCAUUCGGCUGUUUGUGCGGUCAGUGAGUGGGGGCAAUUGCUCGUGAGAUUGUGUUCGGAUGAAACUAAAAUGGAUAGGUCUGAUGCAUUGUUUCUGCAGCUUUGUUUAAUGGUUAGAGACAUUGAUUCGGAGAUAAGGGUUGCUGCUUUUAAUGCACUUGGAAAGGUACAAACUGUUUCUGAAGAUAUCCUGCUUCAAACCUUAUCCAAGAAGCCUCUGUUAGCAACGAAAGAAAAGAACUACACAGGCCAGUACACUGCCAAGAUAUUUAAAAUACCGGUAACUGCUGCUGCAUAUAUAUUCAUUCAUGGAUUGGAGGAUGAAUUUUAUCAGGUCAGAAGAUCAGCCUGUCAUGCUCUGCAAGUGCCAGUAGUUCUUUCUGCCAAAUUUGCAGCUGGGGCUGUUCAUAUAUUGAUGGAUAUGCUGAUAGAUGAUUCGGAUUUUGUUCGCCUUCAAGCUUUGGAGACGCUGCAUCACAUGGCGAUUCAUGACCACCUCAAAGUUGAAGAAUCUCACUUACACAUGUUCUUAGGUGCUUUAGUUGAUAGGAACACAUUGAUAAGGUCUGCUGCAAGGAAGACUCUCCAGUUAAGCAACUUACAGAAAUUGGCGAUGUUUAGAUCAUGUACUGAUAGCCUUAUAAAGAAUUUGGAACUCUAUCCACAGGAUGAGGCAGAUAUAUUUCGUAUCUUGUUUGAAAUCGGUCACUCGCAUGGAAAAUUUGUGACCAGGUUCAUACGUGAAGUUUCUCAGGAGUUGGAGCCUUCUUUUGAAGGAAAGCUAGUUUUUCACAACCUGAGGACAGCUGCAUUACUAGCGCUAGCUAUCUCGGCACCCAUAUCCCUCGAGCGACAGGUGUGCAGUAUUCCUCCACAGUUAUUUUCUUAUGCGGUCACCCUAUUGGGCAGGCUAUCCCGUGCCCUUGUUGGUGUAAUGGACCAGAACGCCCUUUUAUCUUAUCUGACUUACUGCAGCAAAUUCACUGUUGCCUCUACUUCUGAAAAUUCUGGAGAUGAAAAAGCACCGAAUCUUAAUCUGGAGGAUAGUUUGAUUAGCUUUCCGAAAAAAAGUGGCAAAAAGAUCCCUUCUUUAUUUCCAAAGUCACUGGAACUGAUUUCGAAUUUCAAAACAUCAAUCUACGUGGAAAUUGUUCUAAAGAAGGUUGGUGACUUGUGGCCCCUGAUACGUCUCGGCUGCACGAAUGAAGUGGUUCAAAUAUUAAGGAAUUUGAAAAAAGAGCUGAGGGUUUUUGUUUCUCCCGGCGUGUCGAGCAAACCCAAUGGCAUCUUGGUAUUUGCUUUGAGAUAUUUGCACAUCGUAAAAUUGCUUGGAAAGGCUUGGACGGGUUUCUUUUCUCAAAGAAAUCCUCGAUUCAAGGGGAUGGGAUUAAUUCUUACGCCCCUCUUGCACAAAAUGGAAAGACUACUCAAGGAAAUGCUAUAUAGAUUCCAUGGUCUGAGCCGAGAGGGAAAAUUGCAUAUUUUUGAGCUAAUGCUUUUGACUUAUGUAGUAAAGUUCUCUCAUGGAGGGACAUUUUGCUUUGAGGGCUACAUGAAAAAGUUGAAUUUUGUGUUUUCUCGGGUUGAGGAUCUUCUCAAAGAAGGCCCGAUCGAACUCUCUAGUUUUCUUGCUGAGCUUCGUAAAAUAUCAAACGAGAUUGGAAAAUCGGAAGAUGGGCCCAUGUCUCUUAACGAGUUAGACCUGUUCCAAAAGUCUCUUCACCUUUUCUCCUUGAAAUGUGUUAUUAUACCCGAAGAACUUGAACACUAUGAGGCAGAAGUUGAAGUACAUGGCAAUAAUAGUUUCGAAAAUCCUUUCCCUUUCAUUACAGGUCUACCUGUCGGUUUGCCCCUCGACAUCACGUUGUAUAACAUUUCUAGUGAAAAAAGAUUGUGGGUUGUGAUUUCUCUCGGUGAAAGAUCAUCUCAGUUUGUUUUCUUGGAUUUAGACGAGUUUGGAGGUUUGGAUGCAACAAAAGAGAGAUUUUCAUUUAUUGCUCCUUUUUAUAGAACUCUUAAAGUAAAACACUUGGUGUUGCGGGUUUCUAUUGCUAUGGAAUGCUUUUCCGAAGAUCAGCCCCCAUCGAUAAAGCGGUGUAAUGGCCCGGAGCACGAGCUCGUGUACCUCUGCAAAGAGAAAGAAGUUCAUCUAUCCAUGGGUGCCGAAUAA